AUGCAAUGGAGAUGCAACAGACUUCUAACUGAACAACAAAGUGCGUUGUGAAUCAACUAGACCCCUUUCAAAACAAUACCAUGGCACAUAGUAAAGUACAGACUCGGAAAUGUAUUCGUGCGUAUUUGAGAGCGGUGUUCACGUAAAUCUGUUACGCCGUCGAGCUCAGAAACGGACGUAGUGCCCUUACUAUUUCCCUGGUAGGCUACUGCCUCUACAGCAACACGGGUUAUGGAGGAAAAAAAACAAUGACAAGGUGUAACGCGCUCUAUGGUAACGCGUUACACGCGAUUACUUUUCGCAUUACUACGGAGAUGAUAUCUCUAUAACAACAAGCGAGAACCACUUAUUUGCUUUCCGCUUCGAAAUGUCAACAGUUUCAUUGAAUAACUGACCCUGAAUUAGUGUUUCUUCUCUGACUAAACAAACAUUGAGCUUUUAAAUAUAUUUCAUUAGCUGUCAGCGGACUGUCGACUAUAUCCUACACUGUUUUCAUUUAUUUUUGCUAGCUUACAUUGGUUGCCUUUCUAUUAACUUUUUUUCGGUUAUGUUUCCUUUUUAAUUAGGCUACCGUUUUUUAAUAUUAUUUUGAAAGCAAUCCUCAUGUUGUGGCUGUAUUACAACAGUAAUGUAAGAAACUAAUCAUUAUAUACUUAGGGGUGGUGGUACUUUUGAAACCAGCAUUAAGGAACGAGUAAAUGUAGCUAGGCUACUUUGAUAACGGAGCCCGGCGGAGAGUUUGUGGGACGUCCUUCGAUGAGACGCGGCGGGUGGGGGCGGAGGGAUCUACGCUCGGCAGCACGGUUUGUCCUGGUGACGCAGUUGGUUGCUAGGUGUGAAUGAACUGAUGCUUUCUCACAAUUAAGCAGCUCCUCAGUUUACAGGUCGACCACAAAGCAACAACUCGUACUUUUUGCGCUGCCCCGGAUAUUCCGAGCUCCAAUAUGGCUCUUUAAACUCGUGAAGUUGUUGGACCCGAAAAUAAAUCGUGCUUUGCUUUAGCAACGCACCCCAAAGUGCUACCUUGUUUCUGCAAGAAUGGAGUUUCAUUAUGCUCACCCAUCCCUGCUCUCUGUGGCCCAUCUAUCAGACCCUGCUUGCUCUCAGCAUAUGCUUGGACUUGGACUGAAUCAAAGCACCAACAGACAAUAUGAUGGCAACAUCAGCUCCUGUUUGGAAGACUCUUCAUGUCUGCCUGGCAGACCCCCUCGCUCUCUCUCACCCACAGGCUAACCACAGCCAAUCACAGGGGUGCAGGGGGGAGGUGUCAGAGGAGAGUCAGCAUUUAAUUGGUGAUGGUCUCACUGACUGGAUGACGGAAGAAGUGGAUUUCUCCUCGUACCUCCCGAACCCUCCUUCCCCUCCCUCCUCCACCAAUGCCUCCCUUCCCCCUUCACCCCUUCAGAAUGAUAUCCAGGUGCCCUCUGACUUGGAGGUCAUGACCUCUCUGCUGCAAGAGGAACUUGCCCAACUAGAGGAUUACUUUCUGUCUGAACCACUGCCAGAGAAAGGGCCCAGGCUGGGAAAAUGCGACAGGGGUCCACUGCCGGCGGGUCCUCAGCCAUUUAGUCAGCUGCCAUACGCAUCAUACUCUACAUCCAACCAGUCAGAAUCCAGUCCACUCCUUGUUACCCUGGCAACCGGAGAACUGGACCUGCUGAGUAUUUGUGGCGGUCCCAUUGGGCGAUCCAAAAUUCCAAGACACGCCCCGUACAGCUGCAGUCGCCCCACUGGGUGCGUUAGGAAAAGACUUCCUGAUGGUGUGAGGUUCAGUGAAGGCUAUGACAACAGUUUGUUGAGUUCCAAAGGAAGUAACUUAGGUAACUCAGCGGUGACCCUUACAGGUAACUAUGACUGCGUAGAGGACGAGCAGCUGGUAGAGAAAAGCUACUCUCUGGGUAGUGCAGUCGAGGUCAGAAGAUGUGCCGUUUUACCAAAAGACGAGAAAAAUUGCUGUUUCAGUCAAAAUGUCAUAGGUGGUGCAAAGGUUGUUGGUGGUGGAUUUGGCUUCGGCGCAUCUCUUGAUGUCCCGCACAAGAAAGAGGAUCUGCUGAUGUAUAGCAUGAGGGAGGUCAGCGGAGGCACUAGUAACAACCAAGUGCUGAAUAGUAUCAAAAGUAGUGUGGAGGUGACAAAAGCCACCGUUUCUUGGAAAACAGAGAGCAGUGAAGGUUUUUAUCUUCCAGCAACACCACAGCCUGAGGCCUAUCAUAGCUUCUUAGGCAACAUCAACGAACAGCUGAAAUCAGAGAGUCAACAUCAUUCCAACAAUCAGAUAGGGCAACAUGAUUUACACUGUAAUUUCCUGGAGGAUCAGGGCCCAGAGUGUCUUUUAAUGGCUAGGGAGAGUCUGAACUCGGAAUCUUCAGGGCACAGACAAGCAUGCAGGCUGAAGGAGCACUGUGCUAUGAAAUACGAAGAGGACCUCAUUCCGGCUGAAGGUGGCGAGCGCAAACAGAAGAAAAGAGAUCAGAACAAAACUGCCGCACACAGGUAUCGGCAGCGAAAAAGGGCAGAGCUAGAUUCUUUGGAGGAACAGUUGCAUGGCCUUGAAGGGAGGAACCGGGAGCUCCGAGACAAGGCAGAGUCGGUAGAACGUGAAAUCCAGUAUGUCAAAGACCUGCUGAUUGAAGUUUACAAGGCCCGCAGCCAAAGGCUCAAGCAGGACACCACAGCGUAAUACCGAGCUCCUGCAAGUACCUUUUAAGAAGGUGUAACAGGGAAAAUGUGGCGCUUUUUUGUGUCCUUAAGAUUGUCCAGAAUAGAAUUUUUAGUUUUAGUUUUUUUUCAUUGCGGGCGGGGUAAAUGCAUGCUUUGCUAAUGUGAAUUCUUUUUUACAUUUUAAAUCAACACUAUCCAAUGCUUCCAUUGCUUUCGCACUCUAAUCACUUGAGCCUGCACUGUGGCAUUGCAAUGCUUUAAAUGACAAUCAUUUUUAAUAGAUCUCACACUGCGUGGAUCUACUAAUUGAAAUACGGUUAUCUCUGAAUAAGUAAUGUUAUUCAUUAUGCAGGUCUAAUAUUUUUAACAGCCUUACAUUGGAAUUGAUGUCAGCAAUAGAACUACAUGUGGUUUUUCUAUUUUAAAGUUUUAUUUACAAUUACUGUACCACCCUUUUUGAUAGUUGAAUGGUCAAAUAUGUUGUUGGUGUCAACAUGUGAAACUGCAUCAUUUCAUUUUGAACACAUCGUUCACACCAAAUACAUUUUUCUAGAAUUAUUUCUUGCCUCCCUUGAACAGCAAAUGUUAUUUCAAUUGCUAUGAAUAUUUUAAAAUAUUAGAAUUGCACUUGAAGAUGUAUUGACUUUUACAACUGCAGAAAGAACGGCUGAUGUACAGAAGAGCAAAAGACUUUUCGUCAUCAACCUUAGCAAAAAUGUCUCAAAACUGUAGUUACAUUUUAUUCCAAUUUUUCAAAGCCUUUGAUUGACUGCGGAUUUGGGUGUUUUGAGCAUGUAGUUUCUUUUUUUCCUUUUUCUUAAUAUCAAAAAUAUACAUUUUCCCCUGCUUUGUUAGAAACAUUUUGUCUACUGUAUU